GAUGAUAGGCUGGACGCCAUAGUCCCAAGAGGGCUCUUGCAAGGUGACGGAUGCCAUGCUUCUGUGACAUCGCAGCCCCGGACACACGCGGUGGCUGGAAUCCGCUGCCAGUCCGUGCCCAGAGCCCGGCAGCAGCGGGCGCACAGAGCGAGUGUGGAGGUGCAGCUGGUGGCUGGUCGCGCAGCAGCACCAUGCCCGGCCACAGCUUCCCCUGGCUCCUGCCGCUUGUGCUGCUGGAGGUCUUUGGCCGCCCCCUGGACACUUCCAGCCGUCCUGUCGGGUACACGGGCCCUUCGGCUCCGCUUGCCGAGGAACCGGAGCAGUGGGACGCGGGCCCAGGGACGACCCCCUUGGGGCACGUAGAGCUGCAUCGUCGGAGCUGCGCAGCCCUGGAGCAGCUAGCGCUGCUUGCUUGGAGCCGCACAUUCCUGGACCUGCUGGCGAUGGGCGUCUUGCUCGGCUGGUGGCUGGGCAAAAGGCUCCGGAGAGGCCGGCGAGAGGAGAAGCACCAGAGCCCCGCCGCUUCUGCAGAGACGGGCUGCCAGCGACAGGACUGCUGCAAGAAGCUGCUCCUGCGGCUGAGGGACACCCGUGCCCUGAUGCGGCUGUGCCUGCGCCACCUCCGUCUGCAGAGGCCCAGAGCGAAGAGACGGAGGAAAUGGGGCCUUUGGAACCGGAGGAGACUCUACUUCUCCCCUGCACGCUGCCUCUCCAGACCGGCUCCCCGUUUGUCUGUUUCUGCGGGGGAUGCAUGACCAGUGCUCAGCCCUAGCACUGCAGCCUCCCCCACCUUAGGUGUUAGUGAAGGCCCCCAGUCUUAGUUAGGUUUAGGUAUAGGUUUAGGUUCCCAGCAGUUUUCUCCCCGACAAGUUGUAGUUUCUCAUAGAGUUCAAGUUGACAAAAGUUGAUGUAGUCUUAGCAUAAGGUUCUCUCCCCUGUAGUCUUUGCACCCUCUAGCUGUAGCUCUUAGAAGUCACAAUUAAUAAAGUUCACGUUUUCUCUACA